UUUGUGAAGCAUUAAGUAAAUGUGGAGGUUAGAAAAUAAAGCAAAUGGCAACUCUGAGCACGAGAAAGAUAGUUAGUAAGGAUUUGCAUGAUUAUUUGGGAAGUUUGAGCCCAGGCAUUCUCAACAGACUCUACAGCUACCCAGCAACAUGCUUAGCAGUGUUCAGGGAGCUCCCCUGUCUAGCCAGACACUAUGUAAUGAGGAUUUUGUUUGUGGAGCAACCAGUUCCCCAAGCUGUUGUGUCUUCAUGGGUAGAGAAUAAACACCAGGAAGAACAUCAGCAAGCCUGCCAGGUGCUGUCAGAGUUAAGGGUGUGGCAGAACCACCAGCUCCCUGGGGGACUAACAGGUUGGAUGCUCAAUGAAACAUACAGAUGGAAUCUGAAAACAGCAUUAUUAGGAGGUGGCACCUCUUGGACCAGUGCAAUACUUGAACCAGAUAAAUAUGCCAAAGACAUCCCAUUCCUUGACAGUUAUGCAAUGGAGAGGUGGGAGUGUGUCCUCCACUUCAUGGUGGCCUCCAAGGAAGCAGUGUCUGGAGUCAGCAGAGAUGUGGUGGAUAUUCUGUUACAUGGUGACCUCAUGAGAGUUGAUGAGAGUGACUCCCAGCCAAUGAUCACAGCCUCAGGGUUCCAGUUUCUUCUGAUGGACACAGCCUCCCAAGUCUGGUUCUUCAUGCUACAGUAUCUGGACACUGUGGAGUCUAGAGGCAUGGACAUUGUUGAGGCCCUGUCUUUCCUCUUCCAGCUCAGUUUCUCCACACUAGGAAAGGAUUACUCCACAGAAGGAAUGAGUGAAUCCCAGCUUAAAUUUCUGCAGCAUCUCAGAGAAUUUGGUCUGGUGUUUCAGAGAAAGAGAAAGGCUCAGAGGUUUUAUCCCACCAGACUGGCUGUAAACCUGGCCACAGGAGUGUCCAAGACCAGCACUGCUACAGAUAUGCACAGACCUGGCUAUAUUGUGGUAGAGACGAAUUACAGAGUGUAUGCUUAUACAGAGUCUUCUUUACAAUAUGCAUUGCUGGCAUUGUUCUGUGAAAUGCUGUACAGAUUUCCCAAUUUUGUAGUUGCUCAGGUAACCCGGGAUAGUGUGCGGCAGGCACUGAUGAGUGGGAUAUCAGCAGAACAGAUAAUCAACUUUCUCCGUAGCCACGCCCACCCAGAGUCACUGAAACAGAACCCAGUGAUACCUUCCACCAUCACAGAUCAGAUCCGCCUCUGGGAACUGGAGAGGGACAGGUUCAAGUUCACAGAUGGGGUCCUCUAUAAUCAAUUCCUAUCACAGACUGACUUUGAGUUGUUACGGGACUAUGCUAGAGAUAUUGAUGUGUUAGUGUGGGAAAACCCACAAAAAAGAACAAUGGUUGUGACAAGAGGUGGCCAUGAUGAUGUUAAAAAAUUCUGGAAAAGACAGAGGUCCAGUAAUAGCUAGCAUAAGCUGUACAUAAUAUUGGAUGAAAACACCAGUAGAUGGCAGCAGGAGUCUUCUGUGGCUCCCAAGGCGGUGCCAGGAAGCCACUGUAUGAUCCUAUACAUUACAAUAUGUUGAUUUAAUGCACUGGUAGAUGGCGCUAAGAGUCAAGACAAGAACAUCAUAGGUGAAGAUGGAAGUCAAAUAAAACAUUAGGGAAAUUUUAUACCCUGUAAGCUGUAAGUGAAUGCCAGCCUUUUUGAAGGAAAUGAUGGAACAUUUGAGUCAUCCAGAAGAUGAAACUCUUCCAUUUAAUACUUUGUCAUAAGAAUGCCAUGCAUGCCAUGUCAUGCAUGUCAUAAGAAUGCCUGCAUGCCAUCUUAACAGAUGAAUGGUCAAAAUGAAUAGUUGUCUCAUUGGACCAAACCACAAUGUAUGCUGUCCAAACAGCAUAUUUUUGUAUUCAGACUUGUUAAGAUGCUACCAGAUUUGUUUUUUCAGAUGGUAUCAAACUUUCAAACUUUUUGUGAUAGAGUUGUUGUAAAAUGUUUUCACAAAAGAUGUUUGAACUUUCAGGGCAUUGUUUACUUUCUUCCAUACGACAAACAGCUGAAUGAAAUUGGUUAAAUUGGGCUUGUUCCCAAAUUGAUUUUUAGUUGUAUUACUGAAUAUUUUGGCGCAAUUUAAAAACAGGUCACUGCAAAUGAAAUAGCAGAAUCAGAUGGAAGGAAAUUAGUUCAGGUUGUUUUUUAUAAAAUUUUGAAGCAGAAUUAAAUUAAAACAAUUUAAUUUUGACUUUUCAGCUGACAAUACUUACUUCAUAACAUUUUAUUCAUCAAUGAAAGUAUAAAAAAAGUAAGUGAUCAUACUGUGGAAAGAUCACAAUAAACAUAAUUACAACUUCCAUUCAUACAUCAUUUCACAGAGAGAAAAUAUAUAUAAAUAAAUGAGAGGUGGAUGCACAACCUUCCACAUCCUGCAAGAAGCUUGUAUUCGGCCUCUCAGUUCAACCCAGACCUUAUGACAAUAUAAUGUUCAACAGAUUAAAAUAUAUCCUAUGUAUCUUUUUACAGUCUCAACAUCUCUCCUGCAUAAAAGUGCAGUGCCCUAAGAUUUUUCUAUGUCAAAGUUAUAUUUUAACCAGCUGUAUGCCAUAGUGUUCAAGUCGCACUACUAAGUGCUCAGAUAAUGAAUUUUUUUAGUCCAAGUUUUCUAACUUUAAAUGCAUAUUUUUUACUACAUUAAUAAUAACCUCACCAGCAGAUAUACUCCACAUUCUGGAGUCUGAUCCCUGUCAAAUGACAGUAUUUUUUGUGCUGAAAUAUUUGGUAUUUAUUUAAAGCUGAUAGAGCUUUCUGGUUCACACCUCACAUAUAAUGCAACCACUGUCUUCAUCAUUAUCAGGAACUGGUAAUCUUUUUGUUGAUUACUAAGAUUUCAGAAAAAUAGGUAAAUAAUCAUUUUUGUUAGAGAUUUACUACUUAAAAUUUACAGUUAAGUUGACCACAAUAAUUAAAAUUGUCAACAUUUACAAUGGGAAGCGGAAUGGGGAAGAAGAUAAGUUCUGACAAAUAUAAUUGGGAAAAAAGCCAAAGCCGCUCUGUCAGA